AUGGGCAAAGGGGCAAACUCGUCUUCUAAAGUCGGCGGCAAAGUCAUCGACGUCGUGAGAAAGAACGCACCAUCGAUGGUCGUCGACGCCGCUCCAGAAGAGAAGGAGGGAGAUGGCGAAAAAAUGAUCGAUAAUAAUAUCAUUCCGGGAAGAAAGUACACGCAAAUCCGGGGGAAAACGUACGACAUCACCGAGUUCGCGAAACGUCAUCCCGGAGGGAGUCAACUCUUGAUGCUGGCGCACGGAAGAGACGCGACGAUUUUGUUCGAAUCGCACCAUUUGCGAUCAGAAAUCGUGGAGAAAGUUUUGAAGACGCUACCGACCGUAAACGUGGAAGAGAGCUGGUGUCCGGAUGAAACCUUUCCGAAACCACUCGAUUCGAGUUUGUAUAAAAAGAUACAGAAGCGAGUGAGAGAGGAAGUGGUGGAGCCGCGAGCGAGGAAAAGCGGAAGGAAAGCGAGAGGUGCGGGUGGGGUGAAAUUCGACGCGUUUUGCGUCAUUUUGUGCUACGCCGUGGCUUUAUACAUGUUUAAUAUGAAUCCGACGGUUUUGACUGGCAUGUUUUUAGGCUUCUCGGCGUAUUGGAGCGGCACCGGGUUGCAACACACCGCCAACCACGGCGGGUUGACGCAAUCCGGUUUUGUGAAUGCCAUUUGGGGGUGGUUCGGAUGCGACGUGAUUUUAGGGAAAAGUUCUAUCGAGUGGAGAUACCAUCACAUGGUAUCGCACCAUUCCUACUGUAACGAGGCGACGAGAGACCAAGACGUGUACACGUCCUUUCCUCUCAUGCGAUUGGAUGAGAGUUUGGAGUGGAAGUGGUUUCACAAGUAUCAAGCGUUUUACUCGGUCUUCGCGUGGCCGUUUUUGUAUUUGGCCGCGCAAACCGGGGAUUUCGUGAACGUAGUAAUCACUAAGUCGAGCCCUGGAGUGGAGUAUUUGGGAUUAAUGAAACACGAGCUGGCAUUGUUUUACUUGGGAAGAGCGUUGCACUACGGGGUGAAAUUCGCGUUGCCGAUGUAUAACUUUGGCAUCAAGGCGUGCAUUUUACCACUCGUCGCGUAUUCCACGUUUGGGUCGUUCAUUUUGUGUUGGUUUUUCAUCGUCUCGCAUAACUUGGACGGUUUAACGCCGGCAGCAUUGCCGAAGAGAGCGCAAAACGAUUGGGCUGAGUGGCAAAUCCGCACGAGCGCGAGUUGGGGGGAAUCGUUCUGGUCGUUCUUAUCCGGCGGGUUGAACUUACAAAUCGAACAUCAUUUGUUCCCAGGGAUGGCACAUAACUUGUACCCGAAGUUAGUGCCGAUUGUGAAAGAAGAGUGCGAGAAAGCCGGCGUGCCGUACCAUGGUCACCCGGGUAUCUUUGGUUUGUUUCCGAUAACCGUGAAGAUGUUCAAGUUUUUACACAAGAUGGGACAAAAACCAAUUGCCACGAGAAGAUCUAGUCGCGCAAGCAGUGCGAAAAAGGCGCUCUAA